GCGGCGGGGACCGGGAGUGGGAUCGCAGCCGCCGUUCCCGCCAUGAGCAGCGGCGGGGCCAGCGCGGCGCGGCUCUGCCGCCUGGAGCGGGGGCCGGACGGCUACGGCUUCCACCUGCACGGCGAGAAGGGCAAGCCGGGCCAGUUCAUCCGGCUGGUGGAGGCGGGCUCCCCCGCCGAGCGCUCGGGGCUGCGGGCCGGGGACCGGCUGCUGGAGGUGGACGGGGAGAACGUGGAACGGGAGAGCCACCAGCAGGUGGUGGAGCGCAUCCGCGCCGCCGCCGGCACCGUCAGCCUCCUCGUCGUGGACCCGGUGGCCGACGAGCAGCUUCAGAAGCGGGGCGGGACGGGAACCGAGCCCCCCGUGGGCGCCGAGGUGGCGGCCCCGGAGCCGGCCGAGCCCACGGCGAGGGAGCCCAGCGGCGGCCAGCGGGAGGAGCUGCGGCCCCGGCUGUGCUGCAUAAAGAAGGGCCCCAAUGGCUACGGCUUCAACCUCCACAGUGACAAGACCCGUCCCGGGCAGUUCGUUCGUGCCGUGGACCCCAACUCGCCAGCCGAGGCGGCAGGGCUGGCCCCCCAGGACCGCAUCGUCGAGGUGAAUGGGGUGUGCAUGGAGGGCAAGCAGCACGCCGAUGUGGUGGCAGCCAUCAAGGCAGGCGGUGAGGAGACCAAGCUGCUGGUGGUGGACGUCCUCACGGAUGAGUUCUUCAAGAAGUGCAAGGUGGUUCCCUCGGAGGAGCACCUCACAGGUCCCUUGCCAGAACCAGUUGCCAAUGGCGAUAUAGAGAAGGAAAACAGCGGAGAGACACGGUCCAACUCCGUGUCCGAGAGCCCGUCCAGUCCUGGGCCACUGGCCGUGUCCCCCAACUCCAUCGACAACCACAGCGAGCCCGACACGCGGGAGGUUGACAAGCGCCAUUCAGCGCCCGGCUCCAUCCUGGACCUCGACAUCCCGCUGGCGGUGGCCAAGGAGCGGGCGCACCAGAAGCGCAGCAACAAGCGGGCACCUCAGAUGGACUGGAGCAAGAAAAACGAACUGUUCAGCAACCUGUGAAGGCUCUGGGGUGGGGGUCCAUCAACCCUCCCCCCCCUCCAGCUUCACUCCCUCCUCUCCUGCAUCCCCCCUCCUCCCCACCAUCUCCGGUGGGGAUGUGGGGCUGCUCCCCACCGCUCUGACCCGAGGGCUGGGGCUCGGUGGCCAGCAGGCAUUCCUGCAGCAGGGUCCUGGGCACUGGUUUUAAGCUAGAGAGAGCUGGGGGGCAGGGGGGGCUGCCCCCAGCCAUGAGCCCAUCCCCGGGGUGCUCUUCCAGCCCUGCCUUGAAGCCCUGCACACCCCCCCUAGGCACAAACAGGGGUUUGAGGGUGGAUCUUUCGUUCCUUGGUUCUUCCCCCACCCCAAACCACAUCUCUAUUUGAGCUCCCUCCCUCCUCCCCCCAAAUUGCCCUUUAACUGCAAAACAUGUUUUAGUGAAUUUUAGCAACCCCCACCUGCCCGGCCACCAAACACAGCGAUUCCUCCCUGGGGUGUUUGAGCCCAACCUGGCAAGCUCCGUCCACGCUCCUGUCCCUUCACCCCUUGGGUCCUGGGGGGGGUACAAGGAGGGACAGGGGAGCCCCCAGCCCCUGGGGCUGUUCUGGGAGAGGAGAAGGUGUCCGGAGCCAGCGCAGCAAGCAAUAAUUAUCUCCUUUGCUCCCACUCACUCCUGGACACAGAGCUGAUCAGGGUUUGAAUCCGACACUGUUUAAUUUAAAGGCUUCUCAAUAGACUGCUUUUUUUUUUUUCUCCAAAAUAAGAGUUUUCCAAUCACACAGUCUAUUUUUUUUUUUUUUUAAAAUGUAUUUUGUGGAAAUUCUUCCUGUGAAUGUUUUGUUUCUGUGUUUCGCGAUCGGGUGUUGUUCAUACUGUCUGGCUCAAGAGAAAUUCUGUUUACUGGAAUAAACCUUCCUGACUUCA